UAGUGUCAUGUUUCUGAAUCGUUUUCUCGUUUUAUAGCACGAUGUCACGGCGUGAGGAACCUAGAGAAGUUGGCCCUAGGCCAACAAGGGGUGAUGUUGGUGAGAGCUCCAGCUCCAAUCUGGAGGAGCUAAAUGAUGAGAACAUGCUUCUUAGGGACUUGAUUCCCCCAAGAGCUGUUCCCCCACGAAGAGAGAAUGUUGAAACACUUGUACAGAAGUGGGUGAAGGUUCUGUGGCACAAGAGUUGAAUCGAUUGUUGCAAAAUGCCAUGAGAGCAACUAUUGUUGCUCAGCCGCAGUUGGUACCACAACCUACAGUUCGAGUUGAGGAGACUCCAGCUCAGAAGCGUCUCAAGAUCAUUAAGGGGUUUUCUCAGCUGAUGCCGGUUAUGUUUGAGGGCGGUGCGGACCCAAUGGUAGCCGACAACUACAUGGAUCAAGUCGAAACUCAGUUGACCUCAAUGGAUGUGACAGAGGAUCACUUGAAGAUCAUCCUAGCAACUUACAAGUUUGCUAUGGAUGCCAAGGUUUGGUGGAAGUCGAUCACUAACCAGUACAAGAUUGAAGAGAUGAGUUGGGACAGGUUCAAGGAACUGUUUUAUGAGAAGUACUUUCCGCUUUCCAAAAGAUGGGAGUUACAAGACCAGUUUCAUAAUCUUAUUCAAGGGAACAUGUCAGUGGCGGAGUAUGAGAACAAGUUCACCCCACUCUCCCGUUUUGCUCCAGAAGUGGUGAGAGAUGAAGCUAACAAGACUCGAAAGUUUUUCUUGGGUCUUAAUGAUCAAAUGAGGCCGUUGAUCACGGCACAGUUUAUUAAGGUUUACUCUGAAGCAGUGGAAAGGGCUUUGAUGCUGGAGGCUGACAAUAGAGAGAAGGAUGCAAGCAGAGAGCAAUUGAAGCAAAAGAGGGGUGCAGGGCCAUCCUCAGAGGGAUCUUCUUGGAAAAGGAACAGGGGCAGUCCAUCUCAGUUUCAGGGGCAACAGUUUACAAGAUCUACUCCUACCACUCCUAUGCCAGCUGGAUCUGACAGGAGUGCAGUUGUUUGUUAUCAGUGUCAGCAGCCCGGACAUUACAAGUCCAGUUGUCCGAUGAGAUCGUCUUCAGUUUCGUCAGCUCCGAAGGCUUGUUAUGGGUGCCAGCAGGGUCACUUGAUUCGUGAUUGUCCGAGUCAGAGAGCAGGCACCAUUAGUGGCAGAGAGUCACAGCAGAGGCCGUCACAAUCGGCUACAGUUCAGUCAGGUUUCAGACCACCACCACCACAGCCUACUAUGUCUUCACAGGGUUCACGAUCAGUUAGGAGGGAUACUCCUACUAUGUCAGUGCAGCAGUCAGGUGUUUAGGUUGGCAGUCCUCAGGCACAGGUACCACAGGGACGUGUUUUUGCACUGGCACAGACCGAUGCAUCUUCUGGACCGUCAGUUCUUCGAGGUCUUGGAAAAGAAUCGGUGGACGACAAUCCACCCCAACUUUGAAAGUUGCUAGAGGAGCAUUUUCCUUGUUAUUUUGUAAUAGACUACUCCUUUGUUCAUCCCUCAUUUUUUGUAAAAUUCCAAAGGUAUAAUGAUGUAAAUUUCUUUUGAAGAACCAUGAUCAUGUAAUACACUUAUGAUACUUGAUGACAUAUGGGAUGCGAACUUGAUGAUAUGUAACUUGUUGAUGAAUGGAAGGAUAAUCCUAGCUUGAAGCAUUGUCUAGAUUAGUAGGUUGUAUCAUUAUCUUUUGUUGCCGUGAAUUCGGAAAUUAGUUGCAUGACAGGUUAAAUAUGUAUUUAAACAGGUUGCGGUAGGUCCAUUUUUAGGGGAGGUUAUGCCGAAUUUUUUUUUUUUAUAAAAAUUCUUGGCAUUAGUUUUGGGAUCGUUACAUAGCCUUAGAGGGAGAAUUAUGGAUACUUUUACUGUUAUACAUUAUACCAUAUACUGUAGUUUAGGAAAACUAAGAAAUAGCACAAUUGCAUAUUCUUAGCACAAUUGCCUAUUCCUGGUGUAAAGUAAUGGAUUUGAAGGGGGAGUAUGUGAUUAUGGGUUCACUCUUAUUAUAGCGCUGCCAUUUGAUGGGAGAGGUGGUUCAACUUUGCACACGCUCAGUUUGAAAUCAUUGAUUGAGAAAUUAUUAGGUGGUUUUAGUCAUUAUUGACACUUGGUGGAUUCGUCUAUUCAGAAAUUAUAAUCUUUGAUGGGAAAAAUGGUUCACAAGAGUGUAUUAAUAUUAUAAAGAAUUUACUUCGGAUAUGGCUCAACGAUUUACUCGCUAGAUUUUAGAGUUUAGAAAGCCCAAGGUCUGGAAUUCAAAUCCCGCUAGGUGUUCUUUGUGACUCCGCUGCCGCUGUAGUGACUUACUCGGCCUGAGUGGAGAGGUGCCUUUCCAGGUUCUCGGGUUCGUGCCAUCCCGAACACUCCAGGUUAAUAAUAUAUAUAUAUAUAUAUAUAUAUUAUAAAGAAUUUUCAACAUUAAUUUUUAUUAAAUUUGUCCACGAAGUGUUAUAUUGGUUUAUUGAUGUUGUGUUUUGCCCCGCAUCUAUUUAAAUUAGGGAUGCACAAAGAACUGAUGGAACUAGAAAACCGUUCAAAAUCGAGCCGAAUCGGUGUUUCGGUUCUGAUUCCUCACUACUUCAGUUCCGGUUCUAGCCUUUUUGAAAUCGAACCGA